UGGCAACACUGCGACUCCUACAUGCUGGAGCCUGAAGAGGAAUUUGUGUCGGUGGCGCAAGACUUUCCUCCCUCCUGUUCUGACGUGACGCUCUUACUGCCACAGAGUCCGCCGCCACCAACGCAGCCUCAUGAUCUGACAGGAGUGGUGCUGAAGAGGUAAGGGGACCCGUAUAUUGAGACCUGAGAACCGAGAACAGGAGUCAAAGAACAUUCACCAGCCGAGCACCAUCCACUACCGAUUCAGCCCAGUCUUUAUAUUUAAAGUGAAUUUUACCGCCGCCAUGGGUGUGUCUAGGAGUUAUUUGCUGGAAGGGUGGAGAGGAGGAGGAGGUGUGACUAUGCCACCUGACCUGACCCCCGAAACGCGCCCACUUGCUGAGAACCCCACUAGGAGCUGUGAAGAUGACACCCGCAGCCCCCCACCUCCCCCUGGUACUGCUGAUCACUCCAGCAGCAGCAAUGGUGGGGGGCUGCAGCUGGCCCAGGAGAGUCCUGCCUCAACAGCAUCUCUACCAAAUACUCGGAGAGUGGGACAGGUGUGCCAUGAGACCAGGACAGAGGCUGGUGAGGGGACCGAGGGAGCAGCUCCGUCUGCUUCCUCGGUCGUCAACACCUACUACCUCUCUCCUCAGCUCAAAGCCGCCUUUGUCUCAGUUGGAGCGACCGACAGAGCUUACUCAUUCAAAGAGGUAUUGAUGCUGUUGAAAAAUUAUCUUUUUUCAAAUCCUAAGCUAUUUGACCCGGCUGAUAAAUUAUAUAUCAACUGUGAGUCUGACCCCCUCGGGAAGGCUUUUGGUGUGAAAAGGUUUCACUACAAUGAUGUUAGGUCACUGAUUACUCAGAAUAUCAUUAAAGUGCAUCCUGCAAGGGUUCUUCCCUGCCCUGAAGUACCCACACCUGUACCUGAUAACCUUAGUUCGAGUGUGCAUGCUGGUGGAAGCAAUGAUAGCACGUGCAGGUCGUCAGUGCCGGUUGGUGCUACGCCCAGCACAUCUGGAAAUGGGAUUGUAGUAUCUCAAGGUGUUUCAAACCUUGAGAAUGUAGCUACACCAGGUUCUGAGGCAGGAGUUCCUAGGAUUUGUGGUAGGCAGCGGGCACUGCCAGGACCAAGCAACACCCCUGUGGACAUCACCUGCCCAGACAUUCCUGAUAGCUGCUCUGAUGCUGAAAGUGUAUAUAGUGUCCAGGACUAUGAAACUGAAUAUUGUCGUAAUACUGAAUUUGAGAGCAGUGAAGAGGAAGACUUAAUGGAAGUGAACAGUGAAAUUUUUGAAGAAUACGAGCCACCCUCGGAUGACGCCAGGGACGACAAGGACCAGUGCGAUGACAGUGACUCCUCUAUUGAUGACGUGGAAAUAGCAGUGUUGGCCUACACUUUGGUCCAGGACGAAGCUGAGGAAGGCUUCUGGGCUGACGACGACUCAGUCACAGACUCAGAACAUUCUGACGAAGACAACGACCCAGAGUGUGUGUCGGACCGCUGGGACUGCCUGACAUGUGGCCUGAAGAACAAGCCUUUUGUCCGCUAUUGUAGCAAGUGCUGGCAGUUGAGAAAAAAUUGGCUCCCAGACCCACCCAAAAAACGAAGGAGAAAACCUCGACCAAAGAAGAAGAACACAAGAAACAGGAUGGCUUCUGGUCCUUCAGAACAGUCUACCUCCCAGGGUGCAAGUCAGUGGAAGGAUGAGGAUGCGGGAACCUCGUCUGAGAGUAGUGUAGGUGGCAGUUCCCAAGCUGGUGAGCUGAUCAGAUAUUCCUCAGUUUCCACCACAGUAUCUGGAAGCUCUACACAAGACUCGGGGUGUUUUUUGUCACAGGAUUUGUUAGAGUCUCAAGAGGCAACAGAGGUAUUGGUCGAUGAACAUUGUGUAGAGGAGAGGACAGAAUCACAAGCAAGUGAAAGUAAAGAUUCCUCAGAGGCAGAGAAACAGUCUCUGGAGGAAACGGUGCAACCAAAGAUGUUAAGUAGUAGGAAAAGGAAAUCAUCUAGUUCAGAAUAUUUCACAACUGCAAAGCGUUUAAAAAGGUCAGAGGAUAAAGUUGAGGUGCCUUAUGGGGAUCCAGAAACACUUGCUAAGGAAAUAUUCAAGUUUGUAUCAUCAAGUAAAGGCAAGGAAUGGCUCAUUUCUCCUGAUGGAAUGAAAUUUGCAAGGUCCCUUCAGCCAUCUCCAGCUUAUCAGGAAUCAAUAACAAGGAUGAUUGCUGAGCAGACGUCGUCCUCGGGCGCUUCCUCGGGGAUUUCCAUGUUGUGCUCCAUCUGCUGCCUUCGGCCAAAGAACGCUUCAAUAAUACAUGGGAGACUGGCUCACCAAGCAACGUGCUACCAGUGUGCACGGAAGCUCCUGAAUGAUGGUGCCAGGUGUCCAGUUUGUCGGCGCAAGAUCCACAUGGUAUGCAAGCAAAUAUUGGCUUAGCAGAAUAGUCUUUAUUUGCUUUAGUUUGCACAAUUUCAAUUCCAAAAGCAUAUCAAGGAUAAGAUGUUAUUUAUUAUGAUGUUUAUAAUUUUGCCCAACUAUCUGUAACUCUUUACAUGAUGAAAUAUCUUCUAUUAAUACUUUAUGCAAUUCUUUGCAGUUUUCUUUAAAAAGUUAUCUGCGUACAUAAACUUUGACUUCUAUGAUCUGCAGGAAUUCUGUAACUCACUUAUCCUUAAGAAAAUUUUCCUGAUUAUCCUUUUGCAGAACAUUAUUCCUUCAAGGCUUGCAUCCCAUACUACACCACAAAUUCCUUUUUUCACACAAAGUGCUGUAAAUGCAUUCUCUCUCUCUCUCUCUCUCUCUCUCUCUCUCUCUCUCUCUCUCUCUCUCUCUCUCUCUCUCUCUCUCUCUCCAGUUAUAUCUUUUAUUUGAUCUUUAAGUGAAUUUGUGAAAAAUAUUAACAUAGCGUAUGUGUUACUUCUCAACUUAUGAAACAUAUCAACAUAUGUGAAAUUACAGACAUUUAUUGCCUCGUUUUGUUGUUAGUCAUUAUUUAACAGAUCUAGCUUAUGCAAGCAAUGACCACACUGAGCUUUCAUUAAUGCUCCCAUUUAUUAAAAUUAUUUAUUUAGGUUCAUAAGACUGGAUGUGGGGAGACAAGGAGACUGAAAUAUAGAAGUACUAACUAUAUAUACAUAGUCACACCACUGUGUGUCAGAAACACAUAUGUGGACCCUAAGGCGUUUAAGGGCAACAUUAACGAGCCGUAAAUGUAAGGUAAGAACUGAAAUACAAGAAAAUCUGUGUAUUUAUAUAGGAAAUAUAUGAAGGUUUCUUAGAGGUGCUAGGAAUGUACAAAACAGUCAGUCUACCUUUGUCAAGGAUAGAUUUGUAUUAUGAAGUCAUUUUAUUUAUACUCAGAUUAUACUGUGUAGUUAAUGUUAGUAUUUCAUGACAGAUUUCUUUUCAUCAGAAGCCAGAGCCAGGUGAUGAAUGGCCUGGUUGACCCAUUGUGGUGUGUGUGUGUGAGUGUUGUGAGGAGUUGGAGAUGGUAAUGCAGUAUACCAUCCUGAUUCAUGGCUUAUAAUGUCAACCACUGUGUAUGGUGCAGUACAUGCUGCGACAAAUGGUAUUGUGGAAUGAAGUGGGUGUCAUUGGCACAGACUUUUCAUCGACUCAAAAACUGCAUUGGGAAAUAGUAACUUAUGUCUAGAGGCAGUGUUAGAUUUCACCUUCAAGUUGGGCCGAUAUUACCAAGCCAAGUGUUACAUGGCCUCUCACACCACCACACUUCGAAGAGACAGGUCUAUAGUGAGUACUGACAAGGUUUUUGCUCUCCAAUGAACAUUGAUUUAGUGGACUGGCAGCCUCACACUGUCACUGUGCCCCGCCUGGAAGGUAAGGAACCAGUGUAUGUCAGUUCACCAUCAUAAAUUAUUUUAUUUUCAGAGUUUUUGUGGAAAAAAUAAAUUCUAUUGGGAAA